AUGAACAAGCUGGAGGCGCAGGCCGCCGAGCUCAAGGAUCAGGUGGCGCAGCUGACCGCCGACGUCUCGACGCACGAGGCGGACAUGAAGAAGGCCACGGCCGAGCGCGCGAGCGACCGCAAGGCAGCCCUGGCCGAGGAGAAGGACUGGGGACUACAGCGAGAGCGUCGACGCUCUGGGCCGAGCCAUCGCCUUCCUGAAGGCGCAGGAGACUACGACCGCACCGGCAAGGGCGCCGCCGCUUUGCUGCAGCUGUCCAGCGACCGCAUCCCUGUGAAGGUGAAGUCCAUCGUCUCCGCCUUCCUCGGCAUGAUCAGCGCGGGCAAGGGCACAGCCGACGGCAAGCAGGAGCCCAGCACGGACUACCAGCCGCCCGAGGCCAACGCGUACGAGUUCCAGUCCACGAGCAUCGUCGAGAUGCUCAAGAAGCUGGAGGACGAGUUCCGGGAGAAGCUGGGGCAGUCCCGGAGGGAGGAGAUGAGCUCGCAGCAGGCGUACGGCAUGGUGAUGAUGGACCUGGCUGACGCGAAGGAUCUCGACGCCGCUGUCGCCCAGGACAAGACGGCCGAGAUGAACCGCAAGCUGGCGAAGGCGGCAGCGAACAAGAAGCAGAUCGCCGCCACCCAGGCCGUGCUGGAGGCCAACGAGAAGACCCUGAGUGACAUGGUCACCGAGUGCUUCGAGAAGAGCUUGUCCUUCCAGGAAAAGCAGAAGUUACGGAAGGAGGAGCUCGAGGCCAUCGAGAAGGCCAUCGACAUCCUCUCCUCUGACGACGUCUCCGGUGCCUCCGCGAAGCACUUGGAGCUGGCCCAGGCGAAGGGCACAGCCUUGGUGCAGACCGUGAACAGGCGAAGCCAAGCGUCCGAGCAGACCCCGCGAGGCCGCGUCAUGGAGUUCCUCGCCGAGGAGAGCUCGCGCCUGAAGAGCAAGUCGCUCGGUAUGCUGGCUCAGAAGCUGGCGGCCGACCCCUUCGCGAAGGUAAAAAAGCUGAUCGACACGAUGAUCACUCGCCUCCUCGAGGAGGCCAAGGCGGACGCAGACCACGAGGGCUUCUGCGACACCGAAAUCGGCAAGAGCAAGGUCACCCGCACCAGGCUGCAGGAGGAGAUCGACGGCCUCAGCGCCGCCGUGGAGGACGGCAAGGCCACCAUCAUGGAGCUCACUAGGAGUACCGAGGAGCUGGCGAAAGCCGUGGCAGACGCCAUGUCUGCAAUGAAGGAGGUACUGGUCGGAAAGGACCGUGCGCGGGGAGUUGUCCUGUCAGCGGCGUCUCUGGGCAGGGUUGUCCGGACGGGGUUCGCUCGCAUGGGCCUCCCGCGCGGGCCCCUGGCAGCCGCGGCGGCGGCCGCGGUCCAUGGGCUGCUGGCGCUAGGGCUCUGGAGCUCGACGCCCGCGCCUGCUUGCCCGCAGCCGGUGUGCCCGGCGCCAUUCUGCCCGGCGCUGAUCUGCCCCGACUGUGUGUCGGUGGCCGGCGCGCCCGACCCGGGGCCGCCGGGUGGCCCUGCGGCUCUCGGCCUGGGCGAGGUGCCCGAGGAGCUGGCGGAGAUCCGCUCGGCGGCGCUUCGCCUGGAGGAGCAGCUCGCCUUGGUGCAGGCGGCGCUGGAGGCCGCUUGGAACGCCUGGAAGUACCAGCUGUUCUCCUCCAGCGGCCUCGUCGUGCCGGAGGAGGAGUUUAUGCGUGAGAUGAAGCCGGGCAAGCGGUUUGCCCUUUGGUAUGAGGACGACACUUACUGGCACGAGCGGGUCGCGCUGGCGGAGGUGCGGCCAGGGGUGUGGAUCAUCACCACUCCCGAUGGGCAUCGCUACUCUGAGAAUAUCAGGUGCCGCCGGGGUACUUCAGGCGCGGUGCAGGCGGUGCAUCUCGUCCCUGAUGCCGAGCUGCUGGAGCCGAUGAAGGGGCACUUCUACCGGUUUCGCACCGCGUUCGACGCCGCGGACCUGGUGGAGCAGAUCAAGCUGGCCGAGGGCGAGUCCUAUGGCAUCACUCGUCGUCGGCGGCCGUCGCCUGAGGCCAUUGCCCUGUGGGACGGGAGUGAGGUCGAGUAUCAGGCGCUGAUGGACUCGGACGGGGCGCAGCUGGUGCCCUUGGCUGGGGACGACGGUGAGGCGAGGCCUGCUGUCGCGCCGGGCGCCGCGGCUCUGCCGCUGGCCGCGCCCGCUGGCCCGCCGCCGGACGUCACCUGGCUCAUCGUCGACCCGGUCCACCCUGAUUUCGGUCGGGAGCGCCAUCCUGCUCCAGACGCCGAGAUGGCAGGUGACUACGCCAUGGCGUUGGACGCGAGUCGGCGGCCGGUGCCAGUGAAACGGGUGCCGAUCGCCGACGUGGCCACCUUCUUGGACACGGUGCACAUGACGGUGCGCAAGAUCCUGGACGAGGAGGGCGCCGCCGUGAAGACGGACAAGGGUCUGGAGGGCCGCCUGAGCGAGGCCCUGGACGGCGGCACCAAGACCCCUCCUGCGGGCGAGGACGCGAGGAUCUUGUCGGUGAGCUACGACGAGCACGGGGAGCGGCAGAAGGACUGGCGAUCGAUCAUCGAGGCGUACUCCACUGGCGCUCCUGGCCGCGCGAACUGGGAGGGCGUGGAGCACUUCAUGCCUCUGGCCAACUCGGCCUCGGUGGUGCCGCCGGAGCUGCGCUCGCAUGCCCACCGCCGCGCGAAGGAGGAGGUGGAGAUCGAGAACAUGCGCAUGAAGGCGCGCGGGCUGCAUCCGGGUGCCGGUGCUGAGGGCAGUCAACCUUCGACGCUGGAGGCCCAGACUCGGUGGCAGGUGACAGCCGUGUGA